CCCUGGGUAGGCACCUUGAUCACUGUGCUGACAACACAGGGGCCACAAAUCUGUUUCAUCCCUGUGAAAGGGACCAAGGGACAGCUGAACAGACUUCCUACGACUGGUGUGGGUGCCAUGAUGAAGGCCACUGUCCAGAAAGGCAAACCAGAGCACACAAAGCAGAAUCUUGCUGUAUUUGAGCACUUUAAAAGUCUGAUUAAUUUAAAAAGACAAGGGGAGCCACGUCACAUACUGAAGUACUUUAAUCCUAAAGAGGCAGAGCUCCUAGAUGCUGCAGCUGGCAUUCAUGUACGAUUCAGAUUAGGAGGAGAUAAAUUUCCACCUGAUAUAUAUUAUAAAAUUUUCACUCACAGACAUAUUGAAGAUUUGUGUGCUAAUAGCCCUAGAGAUUACACAAAACUUUCAGCAAAGCAUGUGUCUCAUAAUAAAACUAACGAGGUUCAGGAAGAAGAUCGGAGUGGUUGGUACCAUCGCAUAGAAAACAACGGCUGGAGAAUUGUAUCUGAUAAGUUUUGGAUACUUGGGGAAAGUGAGAUUGCGCAAGGAAAAAAGGAAAGUGAGUUCCAUUUCUCUAAACUGAAGAGAAGGCAAGAUUUGGAAAGGAAGAGAAAAAUUAAAAAAAUAGAAUGGAUGAGGCAAAUGUAUUACACAGGAACUCUGAAAGCUAAGGCAACACGUGAUGAAACGCUAAAUUUAAUUCACACAGCAACGAAAGGACUCGUAAGAGCUGUUGAAGAUGGGGGAAUCGAUUCUGUGAUGGAAUGGGAGGUGGCUGAAGUGCUGAACUGGACCAACGCACUGGAUUUUGAUGAGUAUAUUGCCAGCUGGAAGGAAAUUGCCACAAGCAACUCUUCAGCUAACUUCCAAGGUUUCAGGUUUGAGCAAGAACAGAAAGAUACAUAUAACUAUGAAGAUGUACAACAUCUACAAAUGGGAGUACCAUAUGAUCAUUUCUUCGAAAAUAUUUAUGAUCAGUCAAAUUUUGGCAGAUUAACACCUGACUCCACAUAUGGACUAUAAAUAUUCUUUCCAAGUUAUUGCAUUUCAAGCUCUUAUCCUAUCAGUCACAGCCAAAGGAGAGUUACUGUGACUGGAUUGACUUGUGUAUAUAUAAAUGGCCAAACACACAGUGCAGAAUAUAGCCCAGUCAAGUAAAUGUCAGAAAACAGAAUAUUAGACUAAAUAUGGUCAGGAAUGAUGUAAGAA